AUGAAUCGCAACGACUUUGAUCUCUCUGUGUAUCUUGUCACUGACUCGGGCAUGUUGCCUGAUGGUGUCAGUUUCGUUGAGCAGGUGAAACGGGCAAUUGAUAACGGUGUAACAUGUGUUCAGCUUCGUGAAAAAAGCAUUGAAACCAAGGACUUCAUUGAAAGAGCUCGGGCAGUGAAGAAAUUGACUGAUGCUGCUCGAAUUCCUUUGAUAAUCAACGAUCGAUUAGAUAUCGCGUUGGCUGUUGAUGCUCAUUUGCACAUUGGUCAAGACGACAUGGAUGCCCGUACCGCGAGAAAAUUGCUUGGAGAUGACAAGAUCAUCGGAGUGUCUGUUAGUACUGUUGAGGAAACUGAAAAGGCAAUCGACGAUGGUGCAGAUUACGUUGGAAUUGGUCUUUGUUUUAAUACUCAGACGAAGAUUACGACUAAAAUGCCCAAGGGACCUAGAGGAGCGCAAGAUAUUCUCAGAGCAAUAUAUAAUAAAGGUUCCAAUAUGAAGACAUGUCUUAUUGGAGGCAUUAGCCAGUCGAAUAUACAGCAGGUUCGAUACCAGUCAGGUAUUCCUGAAAAUCGUCUUGACGGUGUUGCUGUUGUUUCUUGUAUUAUGAAGCAGGAUGAUGCUGCCAAAGCCACCAUGGAGCUAGCACGGGGUUGGAACUCCGUGCCGAAAUGGUGUACUACGAUUCGGAAAGUCAAUUUGACUCACAAGCAGCUCACCCAGAACGUCCGUAAUUCGAGACCAAUUGUUCAUCACAUCACAAACAAUGUCGUGAAGAAUUUCAGUGCCAAUGUUACUUUGGCUAUCGGUGCCUCGCCUAUUAUGAGUGAAUGUAUCGAAGAGUUUGACGAUCUUGCUAAAUUUACCGGCGGUCUCGUGUUGAAUUCCGGUGAGAUUAGUCAAUGUGAUGUUCCAUUGUAUAUUUCGGCUCUUCGUGCGUACAAUGAGCAUAACAAACCCAUUGUUUAUGAUCCUGUGGGAUGCCCUGCAUCCGUUUACCGUAGAAAUUUUACCAAGAUGAUUCUUAUGGAGGGUUAUCUGACGGUUAUUAAGGGUAAUCAAGAUGAGAUUUUAGCGGCUGCUGGUAUGGACUUGGGCGUUUCUGGUGGCUGUGAUAGUGUUAGUAAUAUCCGCUUUUCCAAGCUUUCAGAGAUUGCCAAGCAGUUUGCUCUUUCCACUCGAUCGGUUGUGGUCGUUACCGGUAAAACAGAUAUCGUUGCAGAUGGUAUCUUCUCUGGACAGACAGACUUGGUCGAUUGUGAUGUUCAAAAUCAACGUUUUGAAUGCCUUGAAGGCGGUAGUGAGAUGAUGUCACAAAUCACAGGAACCGGAUGUUCGUUGGGUUCGGUUAUCUGCUCGUUUGUGGCUGCAAAUAGAGAAGACCCAUAUCAGGCCACCUUAGCAGCAUGUAUGCUAUAUAAAGAAGCCGGAGGCCUUGCAGGCCAGUUGGCUAAACAUAAAGGUCCUGGAACCUUCCAGUACCUAUUUUUGGAUGCUUUGAAUCAAUGUUCAUUGGGGAAUUGCGUUGAUUCUGAGUUCUAA